AGACAAACGCGAGCGCAGCGCCGCCGCCAUCAGCGCGACCGCCAUCGUAACGAGGUGCGCUAUUCUGUUCAUCGCGACUAGCCACGAAGAAAUGCCUGUAGGUUCAAGAUCAAUCGGUCCGAGUUUCUCUGCGACGAGCAUGGAGGUAUUGUUGCCGUCAAGCCAGUAACGCGAACGAGCGAGCCAAUCAGUCCAGCACGCACCACCCAUUGUCGUGCGAGAGCGAGCAUCGUAUUAUUCCACGCUCACGUCGGGUCAGCUGCUGCUGUACCGCGCUGCCUACUCUACGCUGGAUUGUUGGUGUGUGUAUACAUUAGUCGCCUCCGCCGCCGCCGCCGUGAUUGCAAUCGCGACGUGAUACUUCCAUCGGGGUGCGCCGCACGGGCUUGUGUACGAUGGAGCUACGUGUUGGUAAUAAGUACCGGCUAGGACGGAAAAUCGGGAGCGGCUCCUUUGGCGACAUUUACCUAGGUACCAAUAUUUCCACGGGUGAGGAAGUUGCUAUUAAGUUAGAAUGCAUAAAAACACGACAUCCGCAGCUGCACAUAGAGUCCAAGUUUUACAAGAUGAUGCAAGGAGGCGUUGGAAUACCAACUAUAAAAUGGUGUGGUUCGGAAGGUGACUAUAACGUGAUGGUGAUGGAGUUACUUGGACCAUCACUGGAAGAUUUAUUUAAUUUUUGUUCGAGACGUUUUUCUUUGAAAACAGUUCUACUCCUUGCCGAUCAAUUGAUAAGUAGAACAGAUUAUAUUCACAGUCGCAACUUCAUUCAUCGUGAUAUUAAGCCAGACAACUUUCUGAUGGGUUUGGGAAAGAAGGGAAACCUCGUCUACAUUAUAGAUUUCGGAUUAGCUAAAAAGUAUCGCGAUGGGCGCACACACAAGCACAUACCCUACCGAGAAAACAAAAAUCUGACGGGAACUGCCAGAUACGCGAGUAUAAAUACGCAUUUAGGAAUUGAGCAGUCACGACGGGACGAUCUUGAAUCUCUGGGCUAUGUCCUCAUGUACUUUAAUAGAGGUAGUCUACCUUGGCAGGGCUUAAAAGCAGCAACUAAGAGACAGAAGUAUGAACGUAUUUCCGAGAAGAAAAUGUCUACUCCUGUAGAAGAGCUUUGCAAAGGUUAUCCUGUGGAGUUUGCGUCGUAUUUAAGGUAUUGUCGAGACUUACGCUUCGAGGAGAGGCCGGAUUAUUCGCAUCUUCGACAACUUUUCCGGACACUGUUCCAUGGUCAAGGCUUUACGUACGACUAUGUUUUCGAUUGGAAUAUGCUGAAAUUUGGUAACGCGAGACAACCGACGUUACCUUCUGCACAGCAAGCGCCCAUGCAUUCACAACCGUCUAAUGCGGCGUUACCUUCCGGGACCAACAAUGAUCAGGAACAUCGAUCGAGACCCUACACGCGGCAAUGUUUGCCGAAUGCGUCCGUAGCAGCAGUAGGCCCGACGCUUGGACCGAAUGCUAGUCUGCGAGCGAUCCGGCAGAAACGCGAGAUGGAGACUCGUGGCGAUCAGGACAAUCAGGACAAGAGUGAUCUUCAAGCAUCAGGUGCGGGUGGACAAGAGCGAAGGGUCAGCAUGCGGUUGCACCGUAGGGAUACACUACUAGCUGCUGCAGGAGAAAUGCAGCCCAAGUCCAACGCCAAUGCGACGGCAAUCGUCCCACCCACUCUGAUGGUCAGGCGGGCAAGCGUGCAACACAACAAGUGAAUCAGCAGCAGCAAUAGCGGAUUCAUCGUCAUCGUAAUGACCACCAGCGUCGUUCGUCGGAAGCGGCGACUGGCGAUUACCGUUGUCUGCACAACGCUUUCCCAUCCAUUAUCGCGAGCCGGAAGUGAAUUUGCGUAUGGUAUCGCAUGGCUAUUCGGUGAUCGAUUUUUCCAUAUCACGACAUCAUGAAGAUCAUCAGUAAUAAGACUGGCGCGUGCUGAUGAUGGUGCCCACGACAUAUGCGACGUCUGCGAAAGUGCAGACAAUGGAAACAACCACGACCGUUCCAUGCCAAGUGGACGAAAUGAAAGGAUAAGAAGAGAGAAACGAGUCGUUGAUCCUCAAUGCACGUGUUGAAAACGGAAAACAGCGUUGCGGCAAAUUAUAGUAACAAGAUGUGGCUAGCAACGCUCAUCGCAUCUUAAGACGCAACGAAGCAGCUCCUUAUUGUGCGCGGCGUGAUUCUCAGGAGAUUCGGCAGUCGCGUGAGUCGAGUCUACUAGAACUUCUGUCUUGCAAUCGGAACAAGUCCUGUCUGGACAACACCUCUCAACAGCGACGUUGAGGAGGAUAUAACGACGCUUAAAAAUCACCGAACCCCUCGCGUCUUCUGCGCGCAGGAUGACGAAACGCGAUCGUUUUCUCUUUUUUUUCUUCCGUGACGAAUCGCAAAUGUACAGUACGCGGUUUCGAUGAUGGAUUCUCGCAGUUGUUCAUAAUAUAUAACAGCAUGAGCGUACUUCGGACGACACAUUCACAGUUUUUACAAUAACGUGAAUUACGGUCGAGCUGGCCAGCUUUGCUUCCUUUGAAUUCGUAUCACAUAAAUGCCAUUCACGUGUGUAUAAACUACAAAAUACUUCGGUACGAGUAAAGCAAAUUAUAUUCAUCGAAGUUUGGUAGCGUGAUUAUAAAUCGUUUCCAAAAAAAAAGGUAGCGGCUUUUGUCAGAUAGUAACGAAGUGUGAACGCGCGUAACG